UGCGGGUGCUGGUAGAGGUCGGAAACUAUUCGUUGACGCACUGGGAAGAGAUUUGUUUACAAACAAGAAACUGUCAGAAACACAAACGAAAGCGUUGCCGAAAAUUAGCGAAUGUAGCUGAACGUUAAUUUUCUCAACAGUCCGGAGACUCACAGCAGUCUCUAGCGAAUAUAAAAUAUAUCCUUGAAUGAUAUUUUAACUGAUAGAUAAAGCUGAGCAGGUGCAGUGUCAACACUGAGGUGUUGGCUGUGGGCAGUCAGUAGGACACAUGGCAGAGGAAAGCAACAAGUUGACACUGAGACGCCUGGAGGCACCGAUCCACAAGUUCAUUAAAGUGGCUCUUCCCACGGACCUGGAGAGACUGCAGAAACACCACAAUAACAUACUGAAGUACCAACACAGCCAGCAAUGGGAGCGCCUUCAUCAGGAGCAUAUCAAUGCCAGCAGAACCGUUCAGCAGCUGAGAGCUAACAUUAGAGAGAUGGAGAAGCUGUGCACUCGGGUCCGUGCCGAAGACACUGACGCUUUGGAAGCACUUGUCAAGCCAGUCAGGGACAGAGCGUCAGCCGCCGCGCGAGACUUCUUGCUUUUGCACUCUAACCCUGUGCCUCAGCCCGCACUGCCGUCACCACCACUUGCCGCUCAGCCGUCCAGCUGUGUGUCCAACAGCUGCCAUGCUGAUGACGAUGUGGGCGAGGAGCCGACAUCUGGAAGGCAAAUACAGCUCCUCCUUCCAGAAAUCCCUGCAGAUCAGAGUGCGGCUGAGUCCUGGGACAACCUGGAAGAGGAUCUGAAGGAGCUGAGUGGUUUGGUGACGGAGUUCUGUCUGCUCGUCCAUUCCCAGCAGGAGAAGAUUGACAGCAUAGAGGACAACGUAAACACAGCCGCUGCCAACGUGGAGGAGGGGACCAAGAGCCUGGGGAAGGCGGUGGGCUACAAGUUGGCGGUGCUGCCGUUUGCUGGGGCGCUGCUGGGCGGUGUAUUAGGAGGUCCACUUGGCCUGCUGGCUGGGUUCAAAGCUGCAGGGGUGGCUGCUGCUCUCGGAGGGGGCGCCCUGGGGUAUGCGGGGGGCAACCUGGUGCAGAAACACCGCAAAUCUCGAGUGGAUCUACAGAUGAAACAACUGACAGCACCACCACCAGAACCAGCAGCAGCACCAGAGUCCAGCAAGGACAAGUGACCCAACAGUUGAGGUUAGCCCUCUGACCUCAGCUGCUGGCUAAUCACUGAGGCUCCUGUGUUGACUGACCAACCGGAAGGACAAACUAGACUCAAAGAGACUCUGUAUCUGACACCGUCAACACGCAUUGCUGUUACCAAGCACUGCAGUGAAACAAUUACAUAAUAACAGGCUUACUUUGAUGUUUGGGUGUGAAUGGCGUUUCUGUAAGGACAUUAAUCUAAUUUUAUACACACAACUGAUUUUUUUUUUUUUUUUUUUUUUUUCUGAAUACAGCGAAGCAGUUAUUUACAGCUGUUAGUGUGUUGUUGGGUCAGCCUGACAUAGCUUUGAGCACCUUUUACUAAAAGAAGUCCUUGGCACCAAAUAAAUUAAAGCAGUUUAACAGACCCAACGAUUGUGGAAAGGAUAAUUAGUGUGUUCCUCAAGCUGACAUGUUUUUUUUCAUCAGGGUUUGCUAACUUGCCUAUAAACAUCACUCAGUAUUCCUGGAUGCACAAAAUGAAGUGCCAAUAUGAACAGCUGUACUACUAAGACCACAGUAAGAAUGAUGUGUGGAGAAAAUGUGUUUUUUUUUUUUUUUUGCCUAACAUCACUGUAGUGUAUCAUUUACUUAAUAAUGAAAAUUAAAGUGGCACAGCUUCAGAGUUUAUAUAAAAUUAUAAUCUAUGUAGAUACAGACAUGUUUUAGCAAAGUGCCUAAGUGCCGCUGUCCAGAUCACUUCAGUGACUGGAGUGUAAGAACCUGCCAUGUAUUGAUGACACUACUGCUGGUUUUCUGCAAAAUAAAAUGUGUCUUUUCCACAGUAAUGUCAUUCAUUAGAUAAAGAGAACAGAAAUGACAGCAGUAAAGAACAGAGAAAGGGAUGUACAAAGCAUCAGACGAGACAACAUCCUGUAAAAUGGUUUUUAAUUUACUUUUUCAUUUUUUUACUCUUCUUCCCCUCUGAGAUGACUGGUUUAGAAAUGGCA